AUGCUUCGAUCUUCAAUAGCCGUCGGUUCUCUCGUCUUCUUGGGUUCUCUCGUCUACCGGGCUGUCGCCCAUGGCGGAGUCUUGGACUAUAAAUUCGGGAAAGUCUGGUACAACGGAUUCGUUCCAUAUACGUCCGCGGUUGGACAAUCGUCGAUCCAACGUGAAUGGGACCAAUACGACCCAAUAACCGAUGUGCAAGACGCCGCGCUCUCGUGCAACUACAACGGUGCUGCCUUGAAUAAACAGCUUUCUGCGACCGUCGCAGCGGGCACUUCUGUAACUGCUUACUGGAACCCGUGGCCUCACACCAUCGGGCCUGUCCUUGUCUACAUGGCACAAUGCCCAGGAUCAUGUACAUCCGCUGAUACAUCCGCCUUGAAUUGGUUUAAGAUUGACGAAGCUGGAUUGCUUUCCGGAGAUCUUGCUACUGGAGAAUGGGGAAUGGGUCAAGUUGUUCAAAACAACAAUAGUUGGACAUCCGUCAUCCCUGCCUCCCUCCAACCAGGGGAGUACAUGAUCAGACAUGAGUUGAUUGCGAUCCACGUACCUGAAAUUCCGCAAUUCUACCCGAAUUGCGCUCAGCUGAAACUGACGGGAAGCGGUAAAGCUGUACCUACACAAACUGUGAAAUUCCCUGGAGGUUAUUCGCAGACUGACCCCGGCCUUAUUGUCGACAUUAUCGCCGAUGGAGAUCAGACUACUUACACAAUACCUGGACCUUCCGUUUUCAGAGGAUAG